AAAUAAAUUCCAAUUGAUUAUUUAUUUUAGUUGACGUUUCACAACUUUGAAUAAAGGUUUUUGUUGAGUCGAAUAAAUAGUAAUGGAUAAAUUCUUAAAAGGUGCUGAGGAUAUGGCCAAUGCCCUUGGAACAUCUGGUAAAGGAGAGAUUGAUCGUGGUGACGGAAAGAUGGUAAGCUGGUCAUUUAAAGGUCAGGUAAUUGGUAUUGAGUGGAAAUACAUAGGUAUUUGUGUGGAUAGAACAACUGGUGAAACAACUACUGCUAUAACACAAAGCAAAGGAGGAGCCAUUGAGCAUUCCAUGAAAGACCUGUUCCAGAGACUGGCAUCACAGAACGCGUUAUAAACUAUAUUGAUAUUUUUGACUCAGCACUAAAUUAUUUCUUAUGUCUAUGUAAAAAAGUACAAAUCCGGCUGUUUUUUCAAUAUUUAUGUUAAUACACAUAAUACACUAUCGUGCAUUAUAAUAUCAAUAUUUAUUAAGAUUAUUGAGUUAACUCAAGAUGUA